AUGUCGCAGAUUUACAGAUGGCUGUUUGGGCCGCCCAUUCCGGUGGACGCCCAUGAAACGGACCCGACGCUGCUCAAGGAGCACUCUACGCUCAAGACGUACACCACUAGUCGCUGUGAAUACAAGGACAUUCGCGUGUUUUUCCGCCAGCAUGUCAAGGCGGCCCAGUUACCGAAAAGUCCAGCGCCGCUGCCUUUGCUGGUGUGCAUCCCCGGCCUGGGCGGCUCAGUCGCGCAGUUCCACCCUCUGCUGAACAGCCUCGUGGACAUGGCGCCGUGCCUGGCCAUUGAUCACCCGGGUGGAGGACGGUCGGCCUUUUCGCAGAAACGCUGGGACGCGUACACGAUGGAGGCGCUCGCAGAGCUAUUGGAAACGAUUAUCGAGGACCACCGCGACAAGGAUGCCGGGCAACAGGUGGUUCUAAUUGGCCACAGCAUGGGAACAGGACUUUCCGCCAUGCUGGCAAGCAAGAAGACGGCUCACACCACGGAUCUCGUGAACCACAUUGUCGGGUUCAUUGCCAUUUGCCCCUCUGCCGGUCCUUUGGGCGAAUCUACAUCGCUAUGGGUACGUAGGCUGCUUUGGGUGCCGGGCUGGGUCUUUGCCCUGUGGCGACUCUGGGAUGGACGAGGUGGCCCAAACAGCCUGUCCAUUGCGCGCUUCGCGGGCGCCCAGGCUUCACCUGAGCUGCGACUACUCCAGUACCGUUUCAAUCAGCAAAGCCGAACCCCCGUCUUUCGCCGCAUGGUUGGCGCCGCUGCGCCCUCGUACGAGGAUGGCAAACCGGUGGGCGGCAUGCCUACGACGGACAUUUGGAGCGAGCUUGAUAUCCCGCUCUACCUCAUCGGCGGCGAGGCUGACCAUGUGACUCCGACUAAGAACGUGGACAAGAUUAUCAAUGCAAUCAAGACGAAGCAGGCUGCCCAAGACGGCGCAAUGACGCCGACAGAGCACGUGAGCAAGGCUGCUGAGCCAGUCGGCGCAAGGCUGCAGCCCGACGACCACGACCUCUCGCGCUCCAUUGUCAACAUAACGGAGGAAGACUUCGCAACAGCCAAAUCUGACGCUGGCACGGACGACUCGCGCCACGACCCAUCAACUCCCCUGGAAUCUCCCACCGCCAUCCCGCCGCAGCCUGAGCACCCGGCCAUGGUGGUGCAGUCCAUCAUCAUCCCUGCGCCGGCCAACCACACGCUCCUCUACGCGCCGCGCGGAUCGCGCAUCCUCGCCGGCCUCAUUGCCGACUUCCUCGCCAACAACAUCACCGGCCGGCUCUCUCUCGCCUGGCAGCUGCAGUAUCUCAGCCAGGAAGGCAAGUGGGACGUCAAGAACCUCGCCAAGUGGCAGUCGGUCCUGCCCGUGUCCGCAGCCAUCGGCCCGCCCGGCGCCAGCCACCCGCCCAUUUUCCGCGCCAUGAAGACGCUGCGCGAGGCCGACGACGUCCACAGCCCGGCCGAGUUUACGGCGCGCUGGAGCCGCGUCGUCAAGGACGUGAUUGACAUCUCCAAGGACCAGCCCGUGUACGACGCCCAGGGCCUCGAGCGCGCCGGCAUCCACUACCACAAGUUCCCGACCGUCUCCAAGAUUCCGCCCGCCGCGGACGACGUGGCGGCCUUUAUCGCGCUCGUCGACGCGAUCCGCGCGCGGCAGGCCGACCGCGCCGACGCCGAGGGCUGGGACGACGAGACGCGCAGGAAUGUCGUCGUCGGCGUCCACUGCCACUACGGGUACAACCGCACCGGGUACCUUGUCGUCUGCUACCUGGUUGAGCGCUGCGGCGUCUCGGUGCAGGAUGCGAUUGCGCUGUUUAAAAAGGCCAAGCCGAAUGGUAUCCGGCACUCGCAUUUCCUGGAUAAGCUGUAUGUGCGGUACGACUUGGAUGCCAAGGACAAGGACACUACUGCCUGA